AUGGCUGUGAAACAACAGCUAAUCAGCUCACUGGUGUUGUGUUACCUGAUUCAAUAUGUUGCAUGUUUCUGCAAUGUCACCUGCACCACAGACUACAAUACAUCCCUGAACUGUUCCUGCUCAGGCACAGUGCCCUCAUCUCCCAUUCUCCUUGAGGCAGAGUGCAGAGAUUUUGAAGACCAAGUGAAUGAUAGCUGUGAAAUAACACCCUCACAAAGCUGGUGUAUAAUACAACCAGAAGAUUUUUUCAUGUUAACAUUCACUGACACUACUUGUACUGCAAGAGUAAAGCACACAGGAAAAGAAGACAAAAUUAAAACGGAUGACUCAACUGACUGGAAAUUGUAUAAAUUAGUGAAGCCGCAGCAUCCAGUCAAUGUACAAGUGACAGAGAACAUUGACAGCUACAACGUCACUUGGCAGAUGGAUGAAAACUUUUACCUUGAUGGAAGCCUCAUGUACAGGGUGCGGAUUACAACAAAUAAUAACUAUAUAAAGGAUCCAGUCUAUUACCCUGUAAGAGAGGACCAGAGGUACCUAGUGCUAAACACCCUUCAACUGCAACCAGGAACUGAGUAUGUGGCAAAUGUCCAGGCCUCAGUGAACCCUGCGAGUUACUACCAAGGUCCCUGGAGUGAAUGGAGCUCCACCGUAGAAUGGAGGACUACAGAAGAGGAUAAUAGGUUAUGGUGGCAGUGGCCCGUUUUACUGACCAUUCUCCCCUGUUUGAUCCUGUGCUGCCUGUGCUACCUCUUUAAAAUAUUGUGGCCGAAGAGGCUACACAUGAUGAACUAUUCCCCAAGCCCAGAGGACUUUUUCAAGCCUCUCUACCACACAUAUGGAGGGGAUUUUAAGAAAUGGGUUGGACCUGUCUUCGUCUUCAGUGAGCUGGAUCCCUUGGAGAAAAACCCAUCUACACAGAUGAUGACUGAGAAGCAGCUAGACAUCCUCGGGCUGUCCAGGCUGAGUGUGGAGGAAGACAGCAGCAGCAGCAGUGGGGACCAGGGCACCUGUCACUCCGCUGGACACAUCUCCAUCGAUACUGUGAUGGUGUCUGGGGAGGAAGGAGCUUUGUCAGGGAGUUCUUGGGUGACAUACAAGUGCAGCCAAGGUGGGGAAAGCUUCUCCCAAUAUACUGGAGGCAGCAGAGGAGGUAUGGACAGUGAGGCGGAGGGCCCUCUUGGUGCUGGGGCAGAAGAGGAAGGAGGGUUAUCUGGGCAGAGUGGAAGACGGGCAUCAAUGGGCCUGCGUGCUAUGAGGUGGCAGCUCCAGCUACAGGCCCGCAACUAUCAACCAGAGCAGAUUUCAUUGGACUCAGAGGACGGCUACCCUCCCUUGGUGCUGGAUCUGGACAGUGUGGACACCAUUGACAGUGGAGUCUUUGUUGAGUCUGACUGUAGCAGCCCUUUGAACUCUAACUUUGAGUCUGAGAAGCAGAUAGACUCUGCUUUACUGAGUGGGGUAGGCAGUUCCCCUUCUGAAUAUGUCAAACAGUGGGUGACGGGUAACACUAUGCAAGAGGACUCAACCAAUUCAGGACAGAGCAGGACGAUGUGAUGUCACCACCUCUGUCACUGACAGUGCUCCAGCAUAUUUGUGAAAUUCCUUACUUUCCCUGGCAAAGGUAUAUUGUUCAUAUUGUCAUCAUGUUUUUUUUAAAAAGUGGAGUACGAAUGAUUUCUUCCAAACAUAAAAAUGGUUUAUCGUAGUAAUACAAUAAUAUUGUUUGACAAUAGUUGUCAUGUUGCGUUAUGUGAAUAGAUGUAGAUAAGUCAUUUUGGC